AUGACUGAAAGAGGCGGAGAAGAAACUCACGCUGCCGCGGAGAGCCCCGCCACUAAUGCGCAGCGUCGGUGGAGGUCGGGGUCCGACGGCGGCGGUUCCAAUCAACCCCCUGCACAGCGCAGAAGGGUGGUCGAGGCACCUGCGGGGCCACAGUGGGCUCUUUACAGUACCGUGGAGGAAGUGCUACGGCUUGAGGGAGUAGAUGCUCCUGAACAAAUGACGCUAAACGACUUCAUUAUUAAGUACCUUGGCCCCAAGUUCGUGGUCGACGAAGGCCACGGUAUAAAAAUGGGGGUGGUUAUUCAGGGACCUGAGGAAUUCAUCACGGACCCGGAGCUUCGCGGGACUUUUCUCCGCUUACCAGCGUAUCAGCGCCUGGUUGACGCACGCAAUCUACAUGCGGACGCACGCAAUCUUAUAAGGCAAGGCGUGUAUUCUCUCGGU